AUGUACCUGUACUGGUUACCAUUUAUCAUCGUAUUCUUAGGUAAUUAUGUCCACACCAGGAAUAUUUACCUGAGCAAUCAAUGCUCUCAUUUCUUGGGCAAAAUUUUUAUUUGCAAAAGAGCAACCAACAAUGAAGCUGUUAUUAAUCCACCCUUUGACAAAGAUAUCAAUCGAAGAGCACAAAAUAAUGACGAAAGACCAGCAUCAAUUUUACCAAAUCCAUGGAUUUCAUUAUUGACUCGAAAAUUUCGACUGAAAUGGACAAAUCAGAAAGAUUACUAA